AUGGAUGAUACUACAGGACUCACGCGUAUCGCAAUUCUAGGCCGGGAGAGUAUCAUUGUUGAUUUCAACAUUUGGUGUAGCUUUGUAGCCCAGGAUCUCAUCUCAAACAUACCAUCUUCAACAUAUGUUCUCAUAACUGAUACUAACAUAUCCCCAAUUUAUGUACCAGUAUUUCAACAGGCAUUUCAAAGUAUUAGCUGCGAGCUACAAUCGUCACCAAGGAUUCUUACCCAUGCAAUACCUCCUGGAGAAACCUCUAAGGGAAGAGAAACAAAAGCUGAAAUUGAAGAUUGGAUGCUCUCUGAAAAUUGUACCAGGGAUACUGUUAUUAUCGCUUUGGGAGGAGGUGUCAUUGGGGAUAUGAUCGGUUAUGUGGCAGCAACUUUUAUGAGGGGCGUACGUUUUGUCCAGGUACCUACUACCUUACUAGCUAUGGUUGAUUCCUCUAUUGGUGGUAAAACAGCAAUUGAUACUCCCAUGGGCAAAAACCUAAUAGGUGCAUUCUGGCAGCCUGAAAGGAUUUAUAUUGAUCUAAAAUUUCUUGAAACUUUGCCACCACGCGAAUUUACCAACGGUAUGGCUGAAGUCAUCAAAACUGCGGCGAUUUGGGAUGAGGCCGAAUUUUGCGCCCUAGAAGAUAAUGCUAGCCUAAUCAUGUCAACUAUAAAUGAUAAGAUAUCAUUAGGCUCAAAAAAUCGACUAAACUCAAUUAGGGCUUUACUCAAGCGAAUAGUCUUGGGAUCAGCUUCUGUCAAAGCAAAAGUUGUUUCUGAAGAUGAGCGAGAAUCAGGGCUAAGAAACUUAUUGAAUUUCGGGCACUCCAUUGGACAUGCAUACGAAGCAAUUCUCACUCCUCAAAUUCUCCACGGUGAAGCUGUAGCUAUUGGUAUGGUGAAAGAAGCUGAGCUAGCGCGCUACCUUGGGGUUUUGCGUCCAGGUGCUGUUGCCCGCCUAACGAAAUGUAUCUCAUCUUACGGGCUUCCUACUUCUUUGCAAGAUAGUCGGAUACAAAAAUUGACUGCUGGAAAACUUUGUCCUUCAGAUCUGGUACUGAAAAAAAUGGGAGUUGACAAAAAGAACGAUGGGAGGAAAAAGAAGAUUGUACUACUUUCUUCCAUUGGAAAAACCCAUGAACAAAAGGCAUCAUUUGUUAAUGAUAAUGAUAUUGAAAUCAUUCUGUCCGAUGGCAUAGAAGUGACUCCAGGUGUGCCCAAAAGUUUGACUACUGAAGUUAUUCCACCAGGCUCAAAAAGUAUUUCAAACCGUGCGCUUAUGCUCGCUGCCCUAGGUAAUGGUCCAUGUCGUAUCAAAAACUUGCUUCAUUCAGAUGAUACGGAAUUCAUGCUCGCUGCAAUAAUGAAACUCGGGGGGGCAACUUUUUCCUGGGAGGAGGCUGGUGAGGUUUUAGUCGUCCAUGGCAAUGGAGGUAACUUGCGAGCAAAUCCUUCAGAGCUAUAUAUUGGGAAUGCUGGUACAGCGUCACGGUUUCUUACAACUUUAGCAACUCUUUGCAAACCAUCAAUUGCUUCGUCUACAGUUCUUACAGGAAAUUCUCGCAUGAAAACUAGACCAAUCGGACCACUAGUUGACUCUCUUCGAACUAACGGUGUUGAUAUUAGGUACAUUGAGAAACCUCACAGCCUUCCACUUGAAAUACCGGCUUCAGGCGGAUUUGAUGGUGGUGAAAUAGAGCUUUCAGCUACGAUUUCUUCCCAAUAUGUGUCAUCUAUUCUGAUGUGUGCGCCUUAUGCCAGAAAGCCGGUAACACUACGACUUGUCGGUGGAAAACCAAUCUCACAAACCUAUAUUGAUAUGACCGCUGCAAUGAUGGCCUCUUUUGGAAUCAAUAUUGUUCGGUCUAAAACUGAGGAACAUACAUAUCAUAUUCCUAAAGGUAUUUACAUUAAUCCCGAUGAAUAUCUCGUAGAGAGCGAUGCGAGUUCUGCGACUUAUCCUUUAGCUGUGGCGGCGAUAUCCGGAACCACUUGCACAGUACCAAAUAUAGGCUCAAGCUCUCUCCAGGGAGAUGCACGUUUUGCAACUGAAGUUCUCCGCCCUAUGGGCUGUAAUGUAAUUCAAACUUUAAACUCAACGACCGUUACUGGCCCUGAACCAGGGAGCCUAGUGGCUAUUGAUGAGAUUGACAUGGAACCUAUGACGGACGCAUUUUUAACUGCAUCCUCACUUGCUGCAGUCGCUAAAGGCACCACAAGGAUUCGAGGUAUUGCCAAUCAACGAGUAAAAGAAUGCAAUCGUAUUGUCGCAAUCAAAGAUCAGCUUGCGAAAUUUGGUGUCACCUGUCGAGAACUCAAAGAUGGGAUUGAAAUAGAUGGACAGCUGGCUUCAGACUUAGAUAUUCCACAAAAUGGAGUUGAAUGCUAUGAUGAUCAUCGUGUGGCAAUGAGCUUUAGUGUCUUGUCUCUAGCUGUAUCUAGGUCUGUGAUAAUAAAGGAACGUGAAUGUGUAAAAAAAACAUGGCCUGGUUGGUGGGACGUUUUAUCUUUAUCGUUUCGAGUAAAUUUGUGUGGUAAACAAGUUCAAGCUGAACAUUUGGGCUUAAAAGUUGCUUCACAGAUGUCGAAAAAGUCAAUUUUUCUCAUUGGAAUGAGAGGUGCCGGCAAAACUACCGUUGGAGGAUGGGCAGCGACAGCUUUAGGGAGACCUCAUAUCGAUCUUGAUCUGGAACUUGAGCGGAUAAGCUGCUCAACAAUUCCUCAAAUAAUUAAAGAAAAGGGAUGGGAAGGCUUUAGAAAAGCUGAACUUGCUCUUCUUGAACAGGUGAUGUCCGAAAAACCUGUUGGCCAUAUAUUUGCUUGUGGUGGUGGCAUUGUUGAGAUACCUCGAGCACGGGAAUUACUAACAGACUAUCAUAAAUCAGGAGGAAUUGUAAUUUUUGUGCAUCGGGAUACCGCAAAAAUUAUGGAGUUCCUUCAGACCGAUCAGACGAGACCUUCAUACAUUGAGGAUACAAUGAAUGUUUAUUUACGACGCAAGCCAUGGUUCCAGGAGUGUAGUAACUUCCAGUACCACAAUAGGAGCAGUCAAAGCGGCAUGCUUUCGUGUUCCCAAGAUAGUUUCGCUCGAUUUAUAAAGUUCCUGUGCGGUCAAAAUAAUCAUUUAGAGGAAAUGAAGAGAAAACCAGAUUCAUUCUUUGUUUCCUUAACCACACCUGAUAUUUCAAAAACAGAGGCCCUGAUCCCUGUGGUUGCUGUCGGAUCAGAUGCUGUCGAGUUGCGCAUAGACCUACUCCAGGACCCUGAAGCGGAACACAACAUCCCCACAAACGAUUUCUUAAGCAUCCAAGUUGCUUAUAUAAGAUCACUAGUGCGAACGCCCGUGAUUUUCACCAUCCGCACUGUUAGUCAAGGGGGAAGAUUUCCGGACAAAUCGGUCGCCGAAGCUCUUCAAUUAUACAAAUUGGCUAUCAGAAUGGGAUUUGAGUAUAUCGAUUUAGAGCUUUCAUUUCCGGAUGAGCUUUUACGAAAAGUCGUUGAGGCGAAAGGAUUCUCGAAAAUAAUCGCUUCUCAUCACGAUAUUGGAGGUAACUUGUCGUGGAAAAAUGGUUCAUGGAUGCAAUACGUUAACAAAGGUCUACAAUACGGUGACAUCAUCAAGCUCGUGGGGGUCACAUCAUGCUUAGAAGACAAUUAUGAUCUAGCUCGAUUCAAGAUCAACAUGGCCCUAGCACACCCUGUCCCAUUCAUAUGUAUUAACAUGGGUAACCGUGGUCAACUGAGUCGGAUCUUGAAUAGAUUUAUGACCCCUGUCACACAUCCAGCACUGCCUUUCAAAGCUGCCCCUGGUCAGUUAGCGGCCGCAGAGAUCCGACAGGGGUUGUCGCUGCUUGCCGAGAUUGAGAGUAAGAAAUUUUAUUUAUUCGGAAAGCCGAUAUCAGCAUCUAGAUCUCCUGCUUUACACAACACCAUGUUUCGCGAAGUAGGCCUCCCUCACAAAUACUCGAUACUAGAAACAGACAACGUAGACGAGGUUAAGACAAUUAUUCACCGUAGCGAUUUUGGGGGUGCGUCAGUCACAAUCCCUCUCAAGAUCGACAUUAUUUCAUUACUAGACGAUAUCACCGACGCCGCCCGAGUUCUUGGUGCAGUCAACACAAUCAUACCCACCCCGCUUGAAAAUUGUCAGAAGCCUCGCUUGAUCGGAGAUAAUACUGAUUGGCUUGGAAUGAAGCACGCUCUAAUCUCAGUCUCCUAUGCGGCUUCGUUUUCUCAUUCUCUCGGAAGUGCAGUAGUCAUUGGCGCUGGUGGGACUGCACGUGCCGCAAUUUACGCCCUGCACUCCCUUGGCCAUUCACCCAUUUUUGUUGUUUCUCGCACGCCUUCGAAACUUACAGCCAUGAUCUCUUCGCUCCCCAUUGAGUUUAACGUCAAGGAUUUAAGUUCUGUUAGCGCUAUAGAGCAGCUGAGUGAUACACCCCGAGUUGCCAUUGCUACUAUCCCCGCAGAUCAGCCCAUCGAGCCGAAAAUGUAUGAGAUUAUCGCGAAACUAUUCCAAAAUCCACCUGCCGAUCCUAGCCACCAGCGCACCAUGAUUGAAAUGGCCUACAAACCUAGUGUAACGGCUUUAAUGCUGCUAGCUCAGGAAGCAGGAUGGGUCACAAUCCCAGGUCUUGAGAUUCUCUGCGGUCAGGGUCUUUAUCAGUUUCAGAAAUGGACUGGUAUAGAACCACUAUACAGUGACGUUCGAAAAGCUGUUAUGGCGAGGGAUUAG